CUGUGAUAGCUUCCACUAUGCACCAAGCAGUUUGAAAAAAAAUCACGGCGACAGAUAUGAAAAUUUCGAGCUUGAUUCAUGCAGUGCGAAUUCGCGUUAUUUACGAGUAAAAUUACGAACGAUUUAAUCGCGAGUGCAGCCUGAUCAUGAUUUUGUGGUAACUGGUGCGAUAUUUUUUCGAGUAUUUAUUUCUUUUUUGAUAGUCAAAUGCAGCAUUAUUUUUGAUAGGGACAGUUUGGAAAUAUUUGAUCCAGUCGGAUCCGAUUCGAUGAAAUUAUUAUUCGUUCGAUUAAACUUGCCAGGAUCAGACUUGACUUUUUUUGCGCUGAUGAAACGCGCUUUCGGAGUGUUUUUUCGCUGGUAGGCGUUUUUGCAGCCCCAUUUUACACUGAAGAUGGUACUCGAACGUUCAAUAAACACUAAAACCCACGUCGUUGAAUUUUGGUUUUCAAAGCAGAGUCAUCUCAUCGCAGUAGCACAGCAUGCUACUCGAUAAAGUUUCGGUUUGAAUCGAACGCGAUGGCGACACCUUAACCGUUUAAGGUAUCCCUAUUAUUUCACACGAACGGGUUUUUUAAAAGUAUAAAAAUUCCUUUCCGAAUUAAUCCAACGCUUGAAGAACUCAUCCCCAAGAAGCUAGGAGGCGUUAAGUAUCUAGUGAAAGCGAUGCUUGACGUGUUCAGGGGAUUAAAGAAUUUGAUCAAAGUCAGCCACAUACAUAUAGAUUCGCCGAUAUUCCGAUUACACUACAGUAUCACCGUGCUCAUAUUGACCGCCUUCAGUUUGAUUGUCACCACUCGUCAAUAUGUUGGCAAUCCAAUCGACUGUAUUCAUACCAAGGAUAUACCGGAAGAUGUACUCAACACGUACUGCUGGAUUCAUUCUACUUACACUCUGAAAUCAGCUUUCAAGAAAAAAGUUGGAGUUGAAGUUCCUUAUCCUGGUGUCGACAAUACUCACAAUAGUAAAAAUAUCGCCGAAGAUAGGAAGACUUACGGAUAUUACCAAUGGGUCUGCUUCUGCUUGUUCUUUCAGGCUAUUUUGUUUUAUGCUCCACGAUGGCUAUGGAAACACUGGGAAGGUGGAAAAAUACACGCGUUGAUGUUAGAUAUGGACGUUGGAAUAUGUACAGAAGCUGAAAAGAACCAAAAAAAGAAAAUACUGCUCAACUACCUUUGGGAAAAUUUAAGAUACCAUAACUGGUGGGCGUACAGAUACUACUUAUGUGAAUUAUUGGCAUUUCUGAACGUCGUUGGUCAAAUGUUUCUAAUGAAUAGAUUUUUUGACGGAGCUUUCCUUUCAUUCGGUAUCGAAGUUAUAUCUUUUAUGCAGACUGACCAAGAAGACCGAAUCGACCCAAUGAUAUAUAUUUUUCCCAGAAUGACCAAGUGUACUUUUUUCAAAUUUGGUCCAUCUGGUGAAGUGGAACGCCACGAUGCGGUGUGCAUUUUGCCAUUGAACGUGGUCAACGAAAAGAUAUACAUAUUCCUUUGGUUUUGGUUCUUGUUUCUUGGUUCCAUCACCUUAUGUGUUCUAUUUUACAGGGUAAUCAUAAUAAUAAGUCCUCGCAUGAGAGUAUACUUAUUCCGGAUACGAUUUAGGCUCGUCCAAAGAGACGCAGUCAGCACCAUAGUAAGAAGAUCCAAAUUAGGAGAUUGGUUUUUAUUCUACAUGCUCGGCGAAAACAUCGAUUCGGUGAUAUUUCGGGACGUAAUGCACGAUUUAGCAUCCAGACUCAACAGUCAGCAUUACAAAAUCGGCUACAUGGAUACCUGACAUUCGCCUUGGCGUUACCAACAAUAGGUAACGCCUUUAUUCAUCGCAUAAGAUAACUGGAGAACUGGACGUGCUCAAAAAACUUAAAUUUACGAAGACUGCAAGAAAACUUUCACAUAUCAACCUUACUACGCGUACAUUACAUACAUAGUAAUAAUUUCGAGUGUGAUUUUCUCUUCUUGACGGAUUUAACAUUUUGGGGAAUGCUUUCCAAGCAUCUUCUAAAAUAUAACAUUCCACAAAAUCCACACAAAACUUUUACACACUUUUCAUUUCACUAUGAAAAAGAUCUCAUUUUGAAGUUAAGUACCUAUCUAUAAUAAUUUAAAUGGAUAUGGGGAAAAAAUUGUUAUUUUUGUCGUAAAUACGUCGCUAAGCAUUUAUGUGUUCAAUACUCGUCGUUUUAUUUAGGUACCUACAUACUGUAUGUACUGGAUCAAAUUUUUAUACUCUAUUCGUAUGAAAAAAUUUUUAAAAUCAAUUUAAAAAAUGUUACCUAUCUAUGUAAAUUAACGUAGAUUAAUUAGUAUAAACACAACAAUAGAAGCUACUGGGUUUGAUUUUUUUGUUGUGUUAUUUAACGAGUCGUUUUAAAAAUCUUUCAAUUGUGACCUUUAUUGUUUUACGACUUUGGUUUUCAGAAGUAUUAAAUAUGAAAAAGAAAA